AUUUCUGGAAUGCAGAUGGAGAGGAAUGUAAGAAAAAAGUCAAAUAUUUGUUCUGGUAAUGGUAGUACGUGCCCGGAAGGUCUUGUAGAGAAACUUCCCCUUGAGGUUAUUAAAGAGAUUUUGUCUCGUGCAGAAGAUGCAAGAGAAAUGAUUAGAGCUUCUGUAAUCUGCAGCAAGUGGCUUGAAGCGUAUCGCAAACUCCUUCAUACACUUUCCUUUGAUGUUUCUGAUGAUCUAUCCUCAACUUGGAAAUGUUGAUCGCAAAGACCUUACUUCCACCACUCUGUUUCCGUAGGUUAACAGUUCUAUUGGAUGACAAGCACGAGUUCUCCGCUGUUGCAUCUGUGUGGGCUGGUUACUGCUCACAAGAGAAACAUCGUCGGAAUUGUUUCAUAAGGUUAGCACCUCUUCCAGUAUCAGUGUUCUUGAUAUAUGUGGAGGGUGGAAUUUGGAAACCUUCAGUUUAUGUUUCUACAAAAUUAGAGGGGUUGAACAACGGGGUUUCAUAGAUUUCCUUGUUUCACAUCACUUUCUCUAAAACGCGUCCGUAUUUCAGCAGAGGACCUAAACGGACUUCUUUUGGCUUUACCUAGAAUCGAGCAUUUGGAACUCACAAAGAUUGUCUUAGGAGUUGUAGUUGAUGAUGACUGUCAAGAAGAUGUAACGGCCAUGCUGCAUAAAAGUACUUUGAAGUCUCUUUUUCUUAAAGAUCUUCAAGAAUUUGUGGUUAUUUCGGAGAAUGGUGGCAUUGAGUAUUUGCAUGUGGAGGACUGUAUUUUUUGUUCAUUUUGGGUCGUUGGCAGCAGAAGUUUGAGGCAGUUCAAACUUCCCAACUCGGAGUUUCGGCUUCUUGAAAUUGAAGAGGGAGAUGAUCUAGGGAGUUUAGCAAUCACCGCGAGUUUAGCAAUAACUGUGGUUUUGAACAAAUGGCUGUAUGUUCCCUGCGACUGAGCCAUUGUGCUACUGGUGCAUUGUCCAUGCCUUUUUGUUACUGCGAAAAAUUCCCUGUGGGGUGAAACGUGGGGAAGUAUCUGCGUAUAGAAGUUUGCAUCUUAAGCGGGUAAAUUGGAUCUUCUAUUUAGGACUCUUGUUGGUUAUA